AUGGCUGGAGCCAAGACCGCCGAUGUACACAGUCCUUCCAGAAGCCCCACCGAACACACGCAUCUUCUCCACACCGACAGCACUGAGUCCAGCUAUAGCAACACGAACCAACACCAACACAACCAUAACAAUAACAAUCGCAACAAGAACAGCAAACGACACAAGAAAGCAAGAUCUCAUUCUCCCAAACGAAAUCAUCGCAGCAAAAAGACGCCCACGCGAAAACUAGAAGAUGAUGUUCCCUUUUACAGUCGCCCCUUGCAACGCAAUCCACAAUCCAACAAACCCAUCUAUCACCAAGGCAAUCUCUACUGGGACUUGUUCUACGUCAGUGGCGUCUACAACUUGUCGGAAUCCUUUAUGGAAUCGCUCAAUGCCAUUGGCUUGCUCUACUUUUCCGCCUGCUUUAUUUCCAUGCUACGAUUGUGGUACGACAAGUGUACCUUUGAUUCGCGCUAUAUCGUACACGACAAUCUAUCCUGGCGACUCCUCCAAUUGAUUCAAUACUGUAUAUUGGCCACGGCGGUGCAACACAUUCGACCGGUACAACUCAUGGCUCAUACGACGGCACAUCCCACCACCAUGGUCUUUUGUGCGUCAUUAGUUGCGAGUCAUUUCAUUCAUUAUCAACAAGAUUACGAUAUUUUGACCAACAUCCAAUCGGCACAAGCCGCCAUGCACGCCCGCAAUGACAUGGUCCAACGAGUGCCACCCGUGCUCUUUUUAUUAUUGGCAUUGCUCCUGUCGUCGCGCGAUUACUUUGUCGGCCGCCAUGGCGAAUACGAUGCCAAUCAAGUCAAUCAUUGGCCGGCUACUUUGAUUUUGUUGGCGUUUGGGAUUUCCCAAGGCGGUAUGAUGUAUUUGCGGUACGUUGUCAAUCGGAACAAUCCACAAGUGCGAUUUUAUGCCCCCAUGAAUUUGGAACAUGUCAUUGCCCGCAUGGGCGAAUGGAUUACACUGGUGUUGGGAGAAACCAUUCUGGCAUUGCUCAUUGUCGAACAAACACCGGGAGUGCGAUAUUAUGUCACGUUUUAUUCCGGUAUCAUUACCAUGACACUCUUUCAGUACCUGUAUUACAGAUCCAAUCCCUUUGAUCCCGACGAUCAUGCCAUGUAUCGAUCGUCUUCCGGGGCCAUGUGUUUCUUUUAUGCCAUGGUUGUCUACUCGGCAUCGCUCAUUAUGGUCGGAUGUUCCUUCAAAAUGAUUCUUCAUUACUAUCUCGAACAACAAGAACAACAGCAACAACAGCAGCAACAGCAACAGCAACAACAACAACAUGACAGCAACACGGACGACGACUGGUUUCUGCUCAAUAACAAUAUUGCUUCCUCCAACAAACAAACCAUUCGCACACCGGCAUUGCAAGAACAGAGUCAAGCCAUUGCCAAUCUCUAUUCCUGGAGUGUCGCGGCAUCCUUUGUGUCGUUGGAUCUCAUUUUUGCAUCUCAUCGCGGGGUAUCCGCCAAUCUCCAAAACUACUUUGACAACCAUACGGGCCGCUUGGCGUGGAUACCCACAGUGAUUGCGCUCACGGAUGUCUCCUUGACGGUUUGUCAGGCCACAUUGUCCUUGUGGAUUCACGAUUUGGAACGGAUCACCAGUGUAGGGCUGCUCACCAUUUCCCUCCAAGUAUGGAUUCGGACGCGAGGAUUGCGCUACUUUCCCGUCUCCCGAUCGGCGUACGAAGGAGCACAACAACAACAAGAUUCCUUGCAAGUGACACCAACAACGAGGCGAAUAGCCAGUAGCAAUAAUUUGAGCAUGCUUUAG